AAUAACUCUAUACAAUAAUGUAAUUGUAAUUAUCUCUCUUGUUCGCAGACGACAGAAUGAGUGUCGCGAAGCUUAAUUGCGCUAAAAGCAUUUUGUACAGAACCUGUAUUCAUUCAGGGAACAGAUUUCGCGUUUGCAUACCUCCUGAUUUCAUAUGGCUAACAUUGCAUCAAAAAAGAGAGACUUUCCCAAAAUGGUUUCCAAGAGUCAUAUUUAGCAACUCAGCUGAAGAGAUUCACACGUCUUGCAGAUUUUUAAGAGCUUGUAUAAACUCCAGCAUAUCUGCAGAAGAAUAUGAAAAUCUUGUGGCAGACACUCUUGUAUCUCUUGCAGAGUGUUUCGAAGAUUUGCCAGAGAAGAUUAAUUGUUCAAAAGACUAUGACGUCACCUAUCAUGAUGGAGUGUUAACAAUUUCACUGGGUGGAUCUCUUGGCACAUAUGUCAUCAACAAGCAAUCACCAAACAGACAGAUAUGGCUUUCAUCACCAAAAAGUGGACCCAAGCGGUAUGAUUAUGAGGAUGGCCGAUGGAUCUAUCAUAGAGGAAGAGAGGGAUUGCAUUCUUUGUUGGAGAAAGAGCUCUCAGAGAUUUUACAAACACCAAUCAACCUUUCAUCAUGUUUCUGCUAUAGUUGAUCAGCUAUUUUUUGUGCAGUGACUUCUUUCCACUUUUACUGGUUUUUUUACUGUUUUUGUUUUGUUGAAUGCCAUAACUCUGACCAUCCACUAUCAUAGACAGCAAACUUUGAUCAUUACCAGAUGUCAAAAUGUGUCGUGUCAAGCUACAGCCUCACUAAUAAAGGCUGCAUUCUUAUAGCAAAA